UGGAUCAUGACGGUGAGACUGUGAAGAUGGCAAUAAUCUUGGUUAUAAAGUACAACUUGGGUGCUUAUAAUGGAGGGCUCCAAGUUAAAUGUAAGAAAACCUUAACGUCUGUGAAGUUUUGUAUUCAAUACUUGUCUUCGAGUUUCAACAUCUCAGUUAAACCAAAGUAUGGAAUGGAGGAAAGACUUCUUGGAUCUUAUAUUUGUGACCUUGGGUAUUCUACUAUCCAUCUUAUAUCAUGCUUUCUUGUGGUAUAAAGUUAAGAAUCACCCUCUCAAGACUGUAAUUGGUGUCAAUAGCAUUGGCAGAAAGCUUUGGGUUAAAGGCAUCAUGAAGGAUGGUGAGAAAAAUGGAGUUCUAGCAGCGCAGACACUAAGGAACAGCAUAAUGGAAUCCACCUUGAUGGCCACAACUUCAAUUAUAUUGGGUUGUGGGAUGGCUGCCAUGAUUAGCAGCACCUACAGUAUAAAAAGGCCUCUCAAUGACACAGCCUUGGGCUCUCAAGGGGACUUCAUAUUGGGAAUCAAAUACUUGCUAGUACUCCUGUUUUCUCUUUUCUCUUUUCUCUGCCAUUCUCUGUCAAUCUGCUGCAAGUGUGAAGUUGGCUCAUUGAUAGCUACCCCAGUGAAAAGACAUGACUUGGCCAGCAUGAUUAGUUCAGAUUAUGUCUGUAAGGUGUUGGAAAGAGGUUUUCUUUUCAAUAUAGUUGGUAACAGGGCCUUUUAUGGGGGGUUUCCUUUGCUUUUCUGGGUUAUUGGGCCUCUGCCAGUUUUCCUAGGAUCCUCAUUGUUAGUGCUUGUUUUGUACUCUACAGAUUUUGUUUCUUCUGGAAUGGUUAGUAGAAAUAGAGAUCUUCAAACAAGAGAGGAAGAACAAUGUUUGGAAUAAUUUUGUUUCGUGGUGUAAGAAGUCUACUCAUCAAUCUUGAAAUGAAGAUUGUGAAGCAU